GGCAACUUCCACUGACACAUUCUUCCCGUUAUCAUCCUGAAAUAUUUCAACAAAGUGGAUGAUGAGGCACAGACGUUCCACAGGAACGGUGUACAGAUGUAUGAGUAUGUCACUCCUGCUCCUCCACCUAACACCUCCACUCCAAAAAAAAGAAAGUGCCCAGCCCAGCAGGAUGAAGAUGGGCCAUACGUCAAGAAGCCACCAAAUGCCUUCAUGCUCUAUCUCAAAGAGCAGAGGCCAAAGGUCAUUGCUGAACUCAACAUCCCUGGAAGUGCAGCCGUAAAUGCAGUGGUGGGACAGAGAUGGAAGUCGCUUUCAAACGACCAGAAGCCAGAUAUUUCAAGCAGGCUGAAACAGAAAGACAGAAUCAUGCCAAAGAGCAUCCAGCCUGGUCGACCAAAGAAAACUAUGUAUGUCCAACAAUAAUUUCAUUAUAGACGAUUGGACCGAUUUCAAUUGAAUUAAACUGUUACUCCUGUUAUUUCAACAUCUGUCUUUGUGUAAAUAAAUGAAAAAACAAA